AUGCGUUGGUUCUUCGAAGUCGUCGCCUCAUACUUUACCGAUUUGGACCUUACGGUGUAUCACGAAAAAGCGCUAAUACUGACCAAGCAAAUGGAACUGGUUCAGUUGUCACUACAAUCGGCCCCCCGGCUGCAGCUACUGAUCAUCAGUGGCACCAACAGCUACCUGAAGCAGCUGACCAUUAUCGAAUCCCGGCUAGAGACUAUUCCGCCCAGCAUCGUUAAUGUGACAUCACUGCGCUAUCUGCAUAUCGAGCAAAGCAAGCUACGCGUCCUCGAUCUACGGCUCCUCUGUCAACUCCCCAAGCUGGAUACGCUGGUGAUGGAAGGGAAUGAGAUAUCGACACUACGAUCGGCCAGUCCAACGACAACGUGCAGUGUUCAAUCGCUGUACCUGGCCUCGAAUCGUCUCACCAGCUUCAACGCACCCAGUCUGGUUUACCUUUCGAAGCUGCUGAUGCUCGAUUUGAAGCGUAACAAUUUGACUCGAUUCCGUCUGGAUCGGCUGCAGCUACCAGCCCUUACUACGCUCUCGCUGGCGAGUAACAAUUUCGACUCUUUGGCAUCAUUCCGCAAAGCUGGUACACCCAGCUUGGAGGUGCUGGAUAUCUCGAGCAACGUCCUCGGCACUGUCGAUUUGAAGUACUUUGAAGAUUUGAAAAAUCUAACCUCACUCAACCUAGCCUACAAUCAGCUGACCGUGGUGCAAACGAGCCAAGCAACGGUGCUUCCGAAGUUACGAUACUUGGCGCUGGACAACAAUCUGUUGGAGAAACUUGAUCCGACGAACUGGUACUUUCCACGGUUGUCUUCUGUGUCGCUGGUGAACAAUCGGUUGCAGGCCGUACCGAGCAGCAUAUACCGGAGCAAUGUUUCGCAAACCAUGUACAUUAGCAUCGCCAGCAAUCCGAUACGCUGCAGCUCGAUGGCGGAAAACGUUGACUACGUGCUUCGCUUGCGCAGCUUAUCCGUAAGCUGGGGUUCCACCUGCACAUACUCGUACUACACCGGAUUGGUACGUGGAGAUGGUAUGAACGGACUGUGCUGUGUGGUGUAG